CUCUCUCUCUCUCUCUCCUCCACUGUAACGGAAUCGCAACCCCCAAAUCUUAGGGCUUUCUCUCUCUACCCCCCCCACCCACCACCACCCACCCAUGGACGGCGGCGGCGCCCCUCAGCCGGCGGAUACCGACAUGUCGGAGGCGGCGGCGCCGGCGCCACCUCCCCCGCAGCAGCAGCAGCAGCAGCCGCAGGGGAUCGAGAACAUCCCCGCCACGCUCAGCCACGGCGGCCGCUUCAUCCAGUACAACAUCUUCGGCAACAUCUUCGAGGUCACCGCCAAGUACAGGCCCCCCAUCAUGCCCAUCGGCAAGGGCGCCUACGGCAUCGUCUGUUCGGCUUUGAAUUCGGAUACGAGCGAGCACGUCGCCAUAAAGAAGAUCGCUAAUGCUUUCGAUAACAAGAUUGACGCGAAGAGGACUCUCCGCGAGAUCAAGCUCCUCCGGCACAUGGACCACGAAAACGUUGUGGCAAUCAGGGAUAUAAUUCCACCGCCACAGAGAGAGGUGUUCAAUGAUGUUUAUAUUGCAUAUGAGCUAAUGGACACUGAUCUGCAUCAAAUUAUUCGUUCCAACCAAGCACUGUCUGAGGAGCAUUGUCAGUAUUUUCUGUAUCAGAUCUUGCGAGGGUUAAAAUACAUUCAUUCUGCAAAUGUUCUGCAUAGAGACUUGAAGCCCAGCAAUCUUCUCCUAAAUGCAAAUUGUGACUUGAAAAUAUGUGAUUUUGGACUAGCUCGUGUCACUUCUGAAACUGAUUUUAUGACAGAAUAUGUUGUCACGAGAUGGUACCGUGCGCCAGAGCUAUUGUUAAAUUCUUCGGACUAUACGGCGGCAAUAGACGUAUGGUCUGUAGGCUGUAUUUUUAUGGAACUAAUGGAUCGGAAACCCUUGUUUCCUGGCAGAGACCAUGUUCAACAGCUACGUUUGUUGAUGGAGCUGAUUGGCACCCCAUCAGAGGCAGAGUUGGGGUUCUUAAAUGAAAAUGCUAAGAGGUAUAUCAGACAGCUUCCUCUGUACCGUCGGCAAUCCUUCACUGAAAAGUUUCCUCAUGUCCACCCGCUUGCAAUUGAUCUCGUUGAGAAGAUGCUAACGUUCGAUCCCAGGCUGAGGAUCACAGAUUAUUGGUACAAGCUUGAUCCAUCUUAAGACCGUGACGUCAGAACUGCAGGAGCCAGGAGUCUGUCUCCACGAAUGUGCCACCUUCACCCAUCUUAGUCUCAUCAAAAGCAUAAAAUGCUAGCCACCAUUUGCAGACAUACAUGGCGGAAAUCUCUAGUGAACAGAUAAUGAAUCUCAUAAUGCCUCUAGAGCUGGUCUGUGUCUGUUUUGGACUGGCAGUGAGUGGCAAGAACUCAUUGACUGGCUGGAAGAGAUUGUUUUGAAAAGUUCUGCAAUUAAUACAUCAUGUGGAACAUGUGUGCGGUAAAAGGAAUGACAAUCACUGAUUGAGCUACAUUUCAUAGACCUGUUAAGGACUGAACUUUCAUUUAAGUUUUCUUGGUCUAGCUUUUUUUAAGCUUAAUGUCUGAAUCCCACAAAGUUUGUUUUCUUUUUCUGAGUCCUUCGGUACACUUCCUGUGAGCUUGGAUUGUACUCGUUCCGACAGCAAGCUCUAUUUAUCAAAAAAGAUAGAAGGAAUAUGAUGAUGACUUAGAUCCUCUAAUCAUAAAUUUAUAAGGUCUGUCGUCCUAUACUGGGAAAUUUGUUGAGUCCGGAAGAUUCUGUAUUGAUUUAGAGACUGAGCUGAAGGCAGCUCAUGCUGAAACUACGUUGGUGAUCCAUUUUUUCGUUUUCCUUUUUUCCCUUUCCUACCUUGGAUGGAGAUUGGAGUUCGAAAGUUAAGCUCUACUUUAGUCAGUGGGGUAUAAAAAGAGUUUCUUGCAAGGUUUUGUCAUGGUUGAUGUAUGUUUCCUCAGUAAAGGAGAAGCCAAUUUUGUGGACCA